GUGAAACUAAAAAGAAAAGAAAGAGGGAAUUUGAUUUGAGUUUUGGUGAAUGAAUGAGUUUUAGAUGGGUUGGUGUGGUACUUAUGUAAGCAGCUAGCUUAGACAGUAAAAUACAACGCAACAGUAGUGAUGAAAAUCACAGACAAACUUUAACCCUUUUAAAUCACUCUUCCCAAAACACCACUGCCAAUUCCUCAUCCCUAUACCCUUCAUUCACUUCUCUUGCUUUAUAAUAUCAAAUAAAAUGACAACUAUUUUGCUAGAAGAAGAAGACCCAUCCUUCUAUCCAUUUAUCUGGCCAACUGUGUAUUAACCUAAUCAUACUUUCAUUUUUCCACUUUGGCAUGGAAUUACCGAAAUUGAAUGGAAGAAACUUUUGUAACAAGAACCAACAACACUAGUAGAAGAAGAAGAAGAAAAAAAUCACGAAACCAAAAACAGAACAAGUAUAAAGUGUCCGAGUCUGGAUCCUCUACGGAAUCACCAUCAUCAAAACGCAGUCGUAUUAAACUCAACACAUGUAGAACAAGUGGAAUCAGAAGAAGCAAAAGGAAAGAAACGGCGUCGUUCAGGGGGAGAUUAUGUGGGAAUAAUGAGUGGAGAGAUAGUGGAGGUUGACGGUGGUCACAUUAUACGGUCAAGAGGUAGAAAAGACCGUCACAGUAAAGUAUGCACCGCCAAAGGCCCAAGAGACCGACGGGUCCGUCUUUCGGCCCACACCGCUAUUCAAUUCUACGAUGUACAAGAUCGAUUGGGCUAUGACCGGCCCAGUAAAGCCCUUGAUUGGCUCAUUAAUAAAGCCAAGCCCGCCAUCGAUCAACUCGCUCAACUUCCUCCGUGGAAACCUACUCUCCUCACUAAACAACAGCAAAACGACGACGUUCCACAAAACCAAAACGAACACGAGUUUCACUUUCUUCAGAACUUCAAUAGCAACAACAACAAUUUUCUUCCGUUUGAUACUGAAACGACGUCGUCUUCGCCGAUUCACUUUCAAAGCUAUAGUACUCAUGAUGACUUGAGGCUCUCGCUUCAACAACAUCAGAACCAGCACGUGCAUCCGCACGUGCUUUUCGCCGGAAACCUUGAUGGAAUGGUAGCAUGGAAUUCCGGUGCUACUAUUGAUACUGGUAGUAAUAAUAAUAAUAAUAAUCAUCAUCAUGAUGAUGUUAAUUCCGGUGGAGGUUUUGUGUUUCAUGCAGCUACACCGUCGCCGGCGGUUUUUCCGGCGGUGAUGUAUGGUCAGAAUCAGUAUCUUUCACAGAGGGGACCCCUUCAGUCCAGUAACACUUCUUCAGUUCGUGCUUGGAUAGAUGCGCCGACGUUUGUUGCCGCUGAUCACCGACGUGGUCAUGCGGUUGCUAUGUCGGGUACCGGAUUUGUUUCUGACAGCUUUUCCGGUUUCCGCGUGCCGGCACGAAUUGGGGGUGAUGAGGAGGAGGAGCAUGAUGGUUUAUCUGACAGACCGUCCUCUGCUUCAUCCGAUUCUCGCCGUUGAAUUUAGCCUAUCUUAAUAUCCUUAUCCUUCAAUUGCUUGCCUUUGGAGCCCUAAUUCUGGAAAUCAAUUUGGUAUGUGAUUUUUAUUUUGCUUUUUUCGAAGAUAAUUGAUUGAUAACUUGCUGUUUUUCUCGUUGUUGGAUCGUAAUGGCAAGCUGAAGUUGGAUUUGGAUUUGGUUCGGUUCAAUGGUCUAUGCUUGGAUAAUGAAGAAAAUCUGGGGUUGAAUUUUCAGGUUUUCCAAUCUCCAAGUUUGUUAUGUUAAUUUUCAUGUUUAGAGUAACGUGUUUGUUUGUGUAUUUAGUUAUCUUUGUUGUAUUGCUAAGUUUGAUGUUGUUUACACUUUGUUACAAUUUGUAGUGGCUAUGUCUCUUUUGUAAUUUAUUAUCCAGUUUUAGUUUUGUUAUGAAAACAUGCAUCAUAGCUAGUUUGCUUGAUUUAUCUCAUAUACUUUCCAAGUUAGUGUUAGAGCCAGAUGAAGAAUGAGUUUUCUCUAUGUUGCAAAACAGGGGAAAAUCCCAAAUAAGCAAACAUAUGAACUGGUAGUGUAUAUACUCAAAGUUCAGUUUGGUUGUUAUGUCAUGUUUCAAAUAGUGUAAGAGAUAGAGAGAGAUGAAAGAAGGUUCUUUUUGUGUGAGAAA